AUGGGGGAGCAGUCAUACUGCCUCCCACAUGUGUCAGGAGGCUCCACCAACAUGGGGGAGGAACCAUACUGCCUCCCACAUGUGUCAGGAGGCUCCACCAACAUGGGGGAGGAACCAUACUGCCUCCCACAUGUGUCAGGAGGCUCCACCAACAUAAGGGAGCAGCCAUACCUCCUCCCACAUGUGUCAGGAGGCUCCACCAACAUGGGGGAGCAACCAUACUGCCUCCCACAUGUGUCAGGAGGCUCCACCAACAUGGGGGAGCAGCCAUACCUCCUCCCACAUGUGUCAGGAGGCUCCACCAACAUGGGGGAGCAGUCAUACUGCCUCCCACAUGUGUCAGGAGGCUCCACCAACAUGGGGGAGGAACCAUACUGCCUCCCACAUGUGUCAGGAGGCUCCACCAACAUGGGGGAGGAACCAUACCUCCUCCCACAUGUGUCAGGAGGCUCCACCAACAUGAGGGAGCAGCCAUACCUCCUCCCACAUGUGUCAGGAGGCUCCACCAACAUGGGGGAGCAGUCAUACUGCCUCCCACAUGUGUCAGGAGGCUCCACCAACAUGGGGGAGCAACCAUACUGCCUCCCACAUGUGUCAGGAGGCUCCACCAACAUGGGGGAGCAACCAUACCUCCUCCCACAUGUGUCAGGAGGCUCCACCAACAUGAGGGAGCAGCCAUACCUCCUCCCACAUGUGUCAGGAGGCUCCACCAACAUGGGGGAGCAGUCAUACUGCCUCCCACAUGUGUCAGGAGGCUCCACCAACAUGGGGGAGCAACCAUACUGCCUCCCACAUGUGUCAGGAGGCUCCACCAACAUGGGGGAGCAACCAUACCUCCUCCCACAUGUGUCAGGAGGCUCCACCAACAUGAGGGAGCAGCCAUACCUCCUUCCACAUGUGUCAGGAGGCUCCACCAACAUGGAGGAGGAGAACACUGUUGGGCCAGACGGAGCCUCACCAUGGGUACCAAAAGAGUGA